AUGGCUAAAACAGCUUCUGUAGUAUUGACCCAAAGCCUUUCUGAUACCAAAAGGACCACCUCCUUUAAUCAUUCAAAUAAUGAUGAUGAAAUCCCCACCAUCGAUUACAGCAUGCUGAUCUGCUCUAAUGAUCCUGAUCAACGACUCAAAGCCCUCCAAUACCUUGCCUAUGUCUGCGAGGAGUACGGCUUUUUCUAUCUGGUAAAUCAUGGGGUGCCUGAUUGCGUAAUUGAGAGAGCACUGAAUGGGAUUUCUGAUUUCUUUGAUCUGACGGAGGAGGAAAAGAAGGAUUAUGAGAAGAAGAAUUCAACGGAUAGGAUCAGAUGGGGGCUAGGGUUCUCACCCGGGGACCAUGAAGCUGUCAAGAGGGAGUAUCUUAAGGUGCUCCCACAUCCAAAGUUUGAAGGCCCUGCUAAACCAGCUGGUUUCAGGGAGGCCUUGGAAGAUUAUUACCAAAGGAAUCGAGAGGUGAUAAUUAAUUUGGCUAAAGCAGUAUCGAAAACAUUGGGAUUUGAAGAAAAUUACUUAGAGAAGAAAUUUGAGUUAGAAACUGGGGCUGAUGUUUCUGCUAUGAACGUGUAUCCGCCCGGGUGUAAACCCAACACUCAAAUCGGUUUGCCGGCUCAUUAUGACCCUGGCUACUUUGGUUCCCUCAUACAAAACGUCAACGGUGGUCUCCAACUAAACUAUAAACAAAAGUGGAUCAAUCUUGAUAUGCCUUCCAGUGCCUUUUUCAUUAAGAUUGGGGAUCAUGCUGAGGUUUUAACAAAUGGGAAGUACAAGAGUCCUAUGCAUCGUGUGAUCCUGAACAACGAGGUGAGAAGAAUCUCUGUGGCCACAGUCCAUGGACCAUCACUUGACACAUUUGUGAAACCAGCUCCAGAGUUUGUGGGCGAGUCUCACCCACCAGCAUACCGAGGGAUGAUCUACAAGGACUCCUUGGAAGCCAAUGGUUACCAUGAGAUCGAUGGAAAAUCAUGCAUGGCACAACUUCGGCUAUGA